AUGAGUUUUCUUGACAACUUAAUUCUUGGAUCAAGCACGCCGAAGUAUACAGACGAGGUUUUUUUCCCAUCGAAAGCAUAUGGUAGAGUGAGAUGCAGUAAGAAGCAUUGCACAGCAAUGUGCACGACGAGAUCUUAUGCUGAAUAUGAGUUUUGGGCAUACGUAUUGUCUGAAAAAGACGUUGAUAUGAAUGAGGUUCGGAGUAACAUAUAUCGAAUGGACGACGGAUUGAGGUUUUCAGUAUGGACUAAGUGCAGUGGAAGUAGAGAGGAAGGUAUGGAGUUAGAGAAUAUAAGGCCGUGUGUUCUAGAUGUGAGUUCUGAUGCAGGAGACGUGGCUGGUUUUGAAGAAGUUGACUUUGGAGAAGACAUGGCGAUUAUCAAGUAUAUUCUCGAGAUAUGCAAAAGUUCUGACGAAAGCAAUGAAGAGGCGAUAUUUAGCAUUUUCAAGAAUGUAAGAAGGAGAUUUGCCGGCAUCUAUGAUGCUAAGCUAUUGGCCUUGGUAAUAAAGCAUGUUAUUGAGCUACCUUAUGCCACGGCUAGGCUGGUGUAUAAGUUUAUUUGUUCGAUGGCUCUGCAUCAUAAUCUGAACGGGAUAUUUGUAGCGCAUGGUAACAGCAGUGAGUGCAUAGGAGCAGUUGGUGGUGGGAAUGAUGCAGAGAUGCGUUUGUGCUUCUGGAAGAUGUUGAUAUCAAAGUAUCCAUUAUAUUUUAACUAUGUGAUUGAUUUUGUCGUAUGCAACAAGGAUAUAGACAUGGCAAGUAUACCGAAUGCGAUAUGUAAGUAUCUUAACAGCGAUAAUAUUGAAGAUUGGAUUGAUUUUGUUUCAAUUGCAUCAAAUAUGAAUAAGCUUGUGGAUGUUUGCAGUAUUUAUAAGCAGGAAGGAGAUGCUGUGCAUAAUGCCAACAUGGAUGAAGAGAGAUAUUUUGAUUUUUUAGUUAUUCAAAACGAAAUGAUUAAGGCGCAGGAGAAGUUAAAAAAAGAAGCCGAUGAGAGGAUCAGAUGCUUACUGAAUGAAAGGGAUGAGCUUCUUGCACAGAAGUCAAGUUUAAUGGAAGCAUGCAAGGUGUUGGAAAAGGAUCUUAAGGAAUGCCAGGAGAGGUGUGUAAGUAAGGUUAGAGAGAUAUUUUUUGAGGCAGAAAGUGAAUGUGAAGUGUACAGGAAAGGAACGGUGGAGCUGAAGAAGAUGUUUUAUGAAAAAGCAAGCGAGUGCCAAUGGCCUUGA